GUGUCAAAGUUUUGAUAAAUUAUAUUAAAGUCAUUCAUUUGGAGCAAACAGCAGAAUGAAAUGUAAGAAAGGAACAGAAAAUACUGCAACGUUUCUUGGGACUGAGAAAAAUAUAUUGCUUAAUCCAGUAGAAUUGCAUAAAAAACUAAACUAACAUUUGCUAUAAAAAAACAAAACAGAGUCAACUGAAGGAAUGGAAAGUAAAAGAAAGCCAGGGCGACCACCUAAAAGGAAAUUGAUUUCUGAUAUUAACAAGACAACAGCCUCUGAGAUAUGUGAGAAUCCUGUCAAAUUCAGAUCUGACUUUAAUGCCAGAGACAGACUUAGUAAUCAUGAUGUGAGUCCAUCAAUACCCAUAGGUGACAAAACAGAUAACAAAUUUCCAAAAUAUCCAUCAGCUCUAAAGAGACCUCAUAUAAAGAAGGCCAGUAUGUCACAGUUUGAAGAGACGGAACAAAUAUUGGGAAAAGGUAAAUUAACUGAACAAUCAAUACAAAACAGACAAGAAAGCUUUGCAACUCUUGAAGAAUUGACUUGGGAGGAAUACCAACAAUCAUUUGAGAUAGAAUCCAAAAAGUACACUAAAAAACCAAAAGUGACACGAAAGUUCUUGCCAUUUGAAGAUAAUGAAAACUCACUUGUAGAGUUCCUUUCAGUACAGAAUGGUAUCAACAACAAGGAACCAGAGGAAAUCACAGCAGAGAUGAUUCUAAAUAAAUGUGAGUUCAUCUAUGUCUUCUUUUGAAUUUUGUUCAAAAUAUAAAUUGCUUUAAAAAUUAUUUUGUAUCUCUAUGAAAUAAAUAAUUGAUGAUACUAUGAUAAUUUAAAAAAUGUUAAGAAAUCUCAAACACAUUUAAUUAAUAUUGUUUUCACUUCAUCUUAAUGUUUUUAUCAUUGAGGUCUAAAUUAUUUUAUUUCAGCUUUUCAUUAAAAUAAUUCUUUUACUUGUUCUGGUGACCAGCAAUCUUUACAAUGAACAAAUGUCCUAUGAAACCUGGAAACCUCCCCAGGCCAACAUCAAGUGGUGAUGACAAGUGGAUCCCACCACGAUCACCAUACUUUCUCAUUCAAGAACAACUUUUUCAUGACCCAUGGAAGAUGCUGGUUGCUACAAUAUUACUUGAGCAGAAUAAAGGUAAUUUCAUACAAUAUGAUCCAGUGUUUCAAAUAUAUAUAUUUUUUUUCAACAAAUUAAAAAUUAACAGAUUGCAUUCUACAUAGUAAAGAAACAUACAUUUAUUUCAAAUAUUGCUUAAAUAAUUAGAGUGUCAAAUAUGUGUCACUAUAAAUGAACAUUUUAAAUAAUGACAAAGACUGUAAAAAGUAUAUUUUCCCAAUUAAUUUAACUUAGCAAGUAAAAUUUAUUAAUAUAUUAAUUUAUAAAGGUCAAAAGAUCAUUCCAACAGUCUGGAAGCUUUUGAAUCACUGGCCUACAGCUGAGAGAUUACAAUAUGCAAAAGUGGAUGAUGUGGCUAAAUGUUUACUACUGGGUGGAUUGAAUCAUACGAUUGCACAGACAAUUAUCAGAUUCUCAAGUCAGUUUACAAAACAGUUUUUGUUUUUCUGAAAAAUUAUACUACUACUCAUCAACAAAUAUUUUAUAUAGAUUAAUGUGAACGGUCUUGGAAAUUUUACUUGUUUCUUACACCCAUAGCUAAUACUCAUUAUUUAUGACAUUAGCUAAUGUUUAGCCAAACAGGUCACAAACGCAAAAUCAUUUUUGAAAAUCUAAGCCAUGGGUGGUUUUUUUUUAAAUAAUGAAUGAUCUAUUUUGAUUGAAGUAAAAUCUUUCAGUGGUAUAUUCUUGUGCACGCUAAACAAAAAACUGAGCUGUGAAAACUGUGGUGUCACCCAACAUCACCAAUUCAAUCCAUGGGCUCUAAGAUUAUAUAAAUGUAUUAAAUACCAACAUUUGAUAUUAUGGUGUGUGUGAUAUGUUGGAGAUUAAACCCUUUAUUAUUGCAGGCUUCUCUAUAGAGAGGAUGCAAUUACUCUGAAAUUAUGGUCAAGCGGUAUAUGAAUCAAAAUGAAGGGAAAUAAAAAAUUUGAUGUCAUGUUUUCAGACUGCCUAUAAUAAUUUUUUUGGUAAGAUAAUCAAGUGAAAGCUAAUCAAGGUCAAUGUCACAAGAUUACUUUAUGAACAAAAAAUUCAAAAAUUGUUUGUAAGAACUGCUUACAUUGUGUGAAAUUAAUUGAAUUUUGAAUAACAUACAUAUACACAGUUCUGGCACUUGUUUUCCCAAUGCACCAUAAAAUAAAUGCAAUUAAAAUUCAGCAUUAUAAUUAUAUUUUAACGAUUUUUUCAUUAUGGGUGCCUGAAGCAAAAACAAACUUAGUUUGUCACAUAAUUUGAAUCAAAAGCAUUUUCAGGUUCAUCUAAGUUCAUAAGAAUAAUGCCUGACAAAGUUUUUGAGCAUAGAUUCGUCCUCCAGCCUCCAUGCUUAUAAACAAAUACUAUUUGGUCAUCAAAUAGCUGUAUCACCAAUUUUUUAACUGUAAUAAAACCCAUGAGUGCCAAUAAUUUUCUGCUUCCAAUCAAUUUCCCUAAUAAUGUAAAUGGGGGUUUAAAAUUUUGGGUACAUGGGCAUCAACAUUUCUGUCAUGAAGAUCAAGUCCCAAAACAAGCUUUGACACUUUGGGCACAGUGCACCUUUUGGCCUCAAGGUAUCCAAGGGUUAAGAAAUAGUUAAACGAAUUAUGAAGGAAAUCCACAUUGAAUUGUUGUUUUUAUUCCUGACAUUCGCUAUCAAACAUAAAGCUUUUUCAGUUUAGUUAUUUUUAACUACCCACUUUGAUCACUGACUCACAAACUAAAAACAGUAAUAAAUCUGUUUCAAUUGUUUCUUAAAAAAUAAUGAUGUAACUAGUAGUUUUAUUAAAAUUUUAUAUAAAAUUAAGUUUAAUUUUAAGUGAAACUUUAAGUGAAUAUGAAUAACAUUGUCAUGAUCAUUUAAUGAAAUAUUCAAUUUUUAGAUGAAUUUCUAAUGAAGACUUGGACUUACCCUAUUGAACUACAUGGCAUAGGAAAUUAUGGUAAUGAUUCUUACAGAAUAUUCUGUAUAAAUGAAUGGAAACAGGU